CAGUUGAGCACCAUGAUUUCCAGUCGACGGACGGACGUUCACGGCCAAGUCUCCCGGCCGUCAUUUGAUCGACAAUUUCAAGUUGUGAAAUUUUGUUGAGAGAGUUGGCGUUCGAGUGUUAAUUAUAUCAAGUGUUUUUGUGUUGCCGCCAUUUGUCAAAAAAAAGUGUGUCGUCGACGCUUCGUGCGAAAGUUGGUGACCGUCCCCCCCACAAGAGAGGAAUAUAAUAAAACUAAAUUGGCGACAAAUCAACGUUUUGUGUGUGAGUCAUUGGAAAAAUGAAAAGAAGAAGAAACAGUUGAACCAGUUGAAAAACAAGUUGGUUGUCGGUAAAAAUAAAAAGGACAUCCGUCAGUGUUUCGUGUGUGUGUGUCUCGUAUUGUUGACCAAAAAUGGUCCUCUAACUGGAAAAACAUUUUGUUCGAUUGUUUUUCACGAAAGAAAAAAAAAACUGAUAAAUAAAUAAUUUUAAAAAAAAACGACAGUGAAUUGAUUUAUGUGUAAACGCCAUGGGAGCCAAUAUGGGCAAAACGAAUGGCGGCUCCCUCCUGGAGAAUCUGACAUUGCCAUCGACUCAUCCAACUCUGCACAUUGUCAUGCUCGGUUUAGACAGCGCUGGAAAGACGACUGCUCUCUACCGGCUCAAGUUCGAUCAAUACGUCAACACGGUGCCCACCAUCGGCUUCAAUUGCGAGAAAAUCCGCGCCUUGUCGGGCAAAGCCAAGGGUACUCAGUUUCUAGUCUGGGAUGUAGGUGGACAAGAAAAGUUACGACCUUUGUGGAAGUCCUACACUCGCUGUACAGAUGCCAUCGUUUUCGUCGUCGACAGCGUCGAUGUGGAGCGAAUGGAAGAGGCUAAAAUGGAAUUGAUGCGGACGGCCAAAAGCCCAGACAACAGCCAAGUGCCCAUUUUGAUCCUGGCAAACAAACAGGAUCUACCCGGAGCUCGAGAUCCCAAAGAAAUUGAAAAACAUCUCGGACUUCACGAACUCGGCACCGGCCAUCUCUACCACGUCCAACCGGCUUGCGCCAUCACCGGAGAAGGUCUAGACGACGGAUUAGACAUUCUCUACGAAAUGAUCCACAAACGCAAGAAACACUCGAAAAUGAACCGGAAUAAGAAUAAAAUCCCAACCAAAUGAAAUUGAAGUUUUUUUGUUUUUCUUCUUGUGGAAACCUCUAGGGGAUUUAUUCACGCACCAAAGACGUUGCCUGGCAGCAUAACAUGGACAUAACUAUAUACAACAACAACAAAACGGGAAUGUGGUAUUAUUUUUCCGCUCUCUUGCUUUAUCUCGUCUAUUUUUUCUUCUUCUUCUUGUUUUUGCUCAUUGCGCCCUUAUCGCCACUUUCGGUCAACUUCAAAGAAGAAGAAGGAAGAGUCGUGUACGUGUAUUAUUUUCGACUUUUUUUUUUUGGUUUUGUACAAUUGUAAAAGUUUCUGUUUUUUUUUCCUCCCUCUCUCGUGUGUGUGUUUGUGUGUGUUCGGUUCGUUUGUUGAUAUAUGUGAGCGUGCGUGUUGUAAAAGCCAAUGUGAUACGAAAGAGAAAAAAAAAGAAUGAAUAAGAUAACGAUAUACGAAAGAA